AUGAUUUUUUCUUCAUUAAUAACGGCAUCUAUGGUACUAUCACUAUUUUCAUCAGAAGAUGAUUCAGAAUCACUGCUCUCUGAUUUCGAAUCCCAAUCCAAGGAGGCCCUCGAGGCUGAAGUCAAGGCCCUCAAGGACCACGAAUCCGCCGAUGGGGUUUCGUUCCAAGAUACUUCUAUCUCUCGCCGGAACCAGCCGUUUUCACCCAACUCACGAAUCAGGGGACAACUCCCUAAGUCCACAUCACUCCUACAUAACCCGCGUCAAUCAACCAGUUCCUCCUCGGCCUCCGAUCACCUAUCAUCCUCCUCAACCGUAGACUCCCAGCUCAGCUCCCGCCAACGAUCAUGUACAGUGACAAAGACCAGCCAGCGUAUACACACUCCAAGAACCCACGACGGAGGUUAUAUCCUACAACGUGACCAAUCCGUUGGACGUCGAUGGGGCCGGGACUCUGAGAAUCGUACCCUCUUCCACAAAGCUGCCGAUCACAAUCUCGUCUUUGUGGAUCUCGAUCUCAUCAAUAAUAGACAGGAGACCGAGGUGGAGAGUAGGGGGAAUGAUUCGGAUAUGUAGUGAGUGAUUGCUCAAGUUCAUCGCCAGAGGAGGAGGAAGACCCAAAUCGAGACCGUCAACCGAGCGCCAUUGGAUGCUGUGUUAUUAACGAAAGCUGUUAAGAGUGUUGAUCCGAUCAAGCGAUUGAUUUACAUUGCCUGGGGAUGAGACCGUUGUGUUCGAUAUCGGUGAGGAUGAUGAUGAUGGAGAAGAUCUCCAGAAAUCUGAAGAUCAGUUCGGUGGGAACGAUAACGAACACCGACCGCUGAGAAGAUCAACAUCGACCGAACGACCUCCGGAUUAUCAUUGAAAAAUAACAGCACCUUAUUCAACUACCAUUGGGUAGGUUUGACUGUAAAUGGUGAACAGCAGUAUUCAACAUCAGCUUUUUCCUGUUGAAGUGCG